AUGGAAGGAGACCACGAACGCACGAGAUCUGGAAACUUGCCUUUGCGCUGUUUCCUCCUUUCCGUUGCGCUCCCUUCGUUUCCACCUUCUCAAGAGGACGAGGAAAGCUCUUCUGUUUUGAAGGACGCGGGAAACGAUGGAGACCCAAGUCUGGCGCGACCGCUAGCAGACGCAGAGCACACGCACGAAGGCGCAAACCGUGUGCUUCGUAUUCCAGUUCUGGAGAUCCUUUUGCCUCAGCCGAACAAGAACCCCUUCGCUGCCGCCCUUGCUGCUGGCGGCCAGUCCCCGUCUGCCCCGUGUUCUCGCACGGCUUCUGAGCCUCCCUCGGUUGUUGCUUCUUCGCGCUCGUGUUUCCAGCUUUCCCGCUCCUCGGAUGCGUCGGCCUGGGCGCGAGAUGCGUCUCCAUCCGAAUCUGGACAAGGCUCAGAGGGAGAAGACAACGCUGCUACAGGGGAAGAAGCGCACGACGCGGGAAGAAACGUGGAAGACGAGCUCGGGGAAGAAGCGUGGGAAACGGACGAGGACGGAGACGAAACAGCAGUGAUGUGCCUCGCAUUCAUGGACUGGAGAGACAGCCGCGGGCCGUGUUUCGCGCGCGCUCUCUGCGAGUGGCUGCUCCCGACGUCGCCGCUCAGAGAGGCAACAGCCGUCAGGAAACCUGGAGAAACGCGACUCGAACUGCUUCUCCAAACCGACUCUCACAUGCGUUUCGCACCGCACUUUGAUUGCUUCCUCCUGAACCAGUUGACACUCGCAGCGGCUCUCUCUGCGGAAACAAAACGCGCUCGAUCACCGUCUACGCUGUCUCCGCCUUCGCACGCGUUUUCUCUGUCGGCGAAUGCGUCUCCGGCUCGUUCGUCGGCUCCUCCAUCGGCAUGCAGUUCGCUGCUCGUAACGGAAAAAGUCGUCUUGACGGGAUACCCCCCUGGCUACGAGGAAGGACUGCCAUUUUUCGAGUUUCCUCAGCCGCCGCACACGAGCGGCACGACAGAGUCUCCCUCGGUCGGUGCUUGCCCCUCUGAUGACACGCGCCAUCUCCCUCCUCGGCCUUCCUCGCAGACGUUCUCUCUUCCUUGUGUCUCUUCUUCUUCUUCUUCGCGUUCGUGCGAGCGCGAGGGCUUCGCGACGCCACACGCGCCGUCUGCUUCUCGCUCUCGGCGUCUAUGCGCCUCGGGCCUCGAGGCAGCCUCCGCGCUUCCUGCCCACGGCGGUCAAGAGCCACGUGGCCAGAGCGAAGAAGGGCGAAGCGAAGGAACGGAGGAAGAACGCCCGACUGGACGGAGAAACGAGCCUGGCGAGGGAGGACAAGACCUCGACCUCGCCGAGUGGACCAAGGAAAAAACUGGGCAGCGCUUCCCGGAGGUCUACUUUCCAGGGAUUCUUCUGUGCGCAGGGCAUUUUGAUCGAAACGGACUGCUCCGUACCAAAGGCCGAGCGCUGCGAUUCGACGGCUCGGCCUCCAAGGCGGAGCCUCGCGGUUCUGGAGGAGACUCGCAGGGAGCGACGAGGAACCGCUGUUCCUACGCUGGCUCUUCUUCUGCCUCCGCCCCGCCUCUGGCGUCUGCGUCGUUUUCCGCCGCUGCAGAUCCUGUUCCGUCUGAGUCGUCCGGUUUCUCUCUGGAAGAAGGUUCGAGAGAAGGAAACCUGUCAAUGAAGAUGACGCACCUCGUGCGCCCCCCGACCGCCUGCGCGUGCAGCUGUUUGCAUUGCUGUGAGUUGGAAGAAGCUCCAGGCACUUGCGAACAAGAGCGUGCGAGUCUUGCCGAGUCGCCGGCGUCUUCGGUCUCGUCGUCCGCUCUGUCUUUGUCGCCUUCUUUCUCUCCAUCGACUUGCCUCUUUCCACUCAAGUCUCUGUUUUGGGCAGCGGGCUUUUCCUUUGCCCCAGCCCGCGUGAUCAGAGAAGUGGGCUAUGACCCUCGCCUUCAAUUUGUGUUUUUCGGCGAAGAGCAAACGAUGACCUUGCGGCUGUUCACGCAUGGCUGGUCUUUCUUCGCCCCUCGGUUCUCCGUCGUGUUUCAUCUCUGGACGCGAGCGCGGCGUCCGUUCUUCAAGACUGACCUCCGCCAUCUGUUCUCGGAAAAAGAGAAGCCACUCGGAGACACGUGCCUCGCCGUCUCUUCUUCUAUCUCUUCUUCCGUCUGUUCGCCUUUCUCUUCUUCUGUCUGUUCGUCUUUAUCUUCUAUCUCUUCCUCUGUCUCUUCGUCUGUCUGUUCGUCUGUCUCUUCGCGUGCGCUUCCUCCGGCGGGUUCUACGCAGAAGCGUGUCGAGGCUGUGGAGACGAGGAGGGAGAUCACAUCGACGGCAGAGAGGAAAAGGCAGCGAAGAGAAGAAAGAAAGGCAAAGGGAGAGAAGGAAGAGUGCAGAGAUGGGUGGAAAGCGACGCAGGGACGAACGGAGGCCGAGAGCCCCUCCGGCAGCGAGAGCCAGGGACCCGCCCCAGCGACCACGCAAGAAGGAAAGGAAGGGAGGUCAGCGGGAACGUGCGGGGAACUCGAGGCCGACCGCAACGGCGAAGAGGAAACGAAGGACACGCGCGACGCCUGCAAGGGGACGAGAGCGAGGGAAGCCGAACGCUUGCCGGCGAGACUAGGAGCGUAUGUCUCGGAAGACGGAGACUGGAAGGAGAGGAAGAGCGGAAACAAGCUGCAAUGGGAUCAAACAGAAGGAAGCAAAGAGGCAGCGACGGCGGGGUUGGAGACGAACGAAGCAAAGAAGACCGACGCGUGGAGGAACGCGGACACUCACGAGACGAGAGACAGAAUCGCCACCACGCGCAAAGGCCUGAUCGGCGAUGAGCAGAAGUCGUCUCGUGCUAGCUACGCCUCCCAUUCCUUCGACCUUUCAGCUGUCGCUCGACCGCCCUCGUGUUCUCCAUGGGGUGGUUCACGAGGUCUUCCGUCUCCGGCUUCUUCCUCUGCGUCGCUUCCCCCCUUCUGGGCUGGUUCUCUUUCCCCUGCUUCGUCUCCCUCGUUGCCUCGCUCUGCGUUUGCCUCGAUGCUCUCUCCAGGAGAAGCGCGUGUGCGCCGCAUUCUCUCUGCGACCGCAUCUUCUUGCCCUGCCGAGCUGCGCUCUCUAGGGCUCGGUUCGGAGAGGCCUCCGGAGGCGUUUUGGAGAGAAAUUGGCGUCAAUGUGGAGACGCGAUUCAUUUCGAAACGCGCCAGAGACGGCGGCUACAGUGAAGACAUUUUUCAGGUUACCGCCAAAGAGCACCAAACACAGAGGGAAGGCGUUCAGUUGCUUCUUUCGCUCCUGAGAGAGCACGAGAAGGAGACGCGCUGCUGA